GGAGAAGGAACUCCCACGGUUCGGCUCUGAGAGAAUAUAAAUCCGUCUGAAGUGAAGACCUUUUUCUCGACAUUUGGACUUUUUUCUCCAAAAUUCAACUUUUUUCUCUACAUUUCUUGGACAUCUGGGAACUUUCUGCUGUCUUCAAAACAAACGCAACUCCGUCCAGUUGGGAUCGGAGUCGGAGAGGAGAAGGAACUCCGACGGUUCUGCUCUGAGAGGACCAAGUGAAAGGAUAUUAUAUAUAUAACUUUUUUCUCUACAUUUUGACUUUUUUCUCGACAUUUAAACUCUUUUGUCGACAUUUCAACUUUUUUCUCCAAAUUUCGACUUUUUCCUCAACUUUUCCACUUGUUCUUUCUUGUUUUCUGGCAGUAGCAGCUAGCUAAGCUCCACCUCGGUCUUAGCUUAGCUAACCUCCACCCCACCCCCACCCCUAGCUGGGCGUAGCUCAGCUAGCUUAGCUAAUCAUGGGUGCGUUCCUAGCUAAGAUGCUACUUCCCGCCGCUAGCAGCCUGGUGUUCCUUCCCGCCGCCAGCGUCGCCGCCAAGAGGGGCUUCCACAUGGAGGCCAUGGUUUACUUCUUCACCAUGUUCUUCACCGCCGUGUUCCACGCCUGCGAGGGUCCCGGUCUGUCCGUUCUCUGCUUCCUGCGCUACGACGUCCUGGAAUAUUUCAGCGUCUACGGGACGGCCUUGUCCAUGUGGGUCACGCUGAUCGCUCUGGGGGACUUCCAGGAGCCCCAGAGAUCCAGCCUGACCAUGUUCGGGGUCCUGACGACGGCUCUGAGGAUCUACCAGGACCGCUGGGGCUACGGAGUCUAUUCUGGACCGAUCGGGUCGGCCGUGUUCAUCAUCACCGUCAGAUGGCUGCAGCAGAUGAGGCGCCGCAGGGCCGUGUACCCGGACCGGAGCGUUUACACCCAGCAGGUCGGACCCGGAUGCUGCUUCGGGGCCCUAGCGCUGAUGCUACGCUUCUACUUCCAGGAGUGGGACUACGCCUACGUCCACAGCUUCUACCAUCUCUCUCUGGCCGUGUCCUUCGUCCUGCUGCUGCCAAAGAAGAACCGCUACGCCGGAGAUGGGCAGCACGCCGCCAAGCUAGGCUGCAUGACGCUCUGCUGCUGCACGAUGAGUCCCGGUUCCUCCGAAGACGACGCUGAGAAGAAGAAGAAGCAGAAGAAGAAGAAGCGGUCGAUCUGGACCGUCGCCACAGAGACGGCGUGGCCCCCGGGGGGGCGCAGCUCCCCCACCCUGCCCCUCUACGCCCCCCCGGGGGGGCCCAGCACCCAGGGGUGCCCCAGCACCCCCACCCUGCCCCUCUACGCCCCCCCACCCUCCUCCCCCGUCAAGGGCACCAGCAUCAGCCGGCUGAAGGAGCUGAACGGCUGGAAGUGAACCGGAGACUCCGCCCCCCAGGGGCGGAGCUAGAGGGGGGGCCGGGGGGGACUGGACCCCCCUGGAAUCUGAUUGGUCCCCCCAGAUGAUUGACAUAUCAGGGCGCCGCCCACGUCUCGUCGAAA